CGUCACAUGCAUGGGCAGAGGAGUUCAUUAAUCACAAGAGGGUCAAUAGAAUAGAGGACACGUGGAGCUGUUAAAGGACAAAAACACGCAUGCAGCAUGCAUAUCCGCAUACAGCUCUGUGUCAACAAAAACGAAGAGACCAGAAAUUAAAUUUCAAAAAUCACACAAAACCCAAGAGCCACUCCUUCGUCAUUGUCACCAUUGUCACGAACCCUAGUUCAGAAGUCAUAGAAAUUUCACAAUCUCACACAAAAGAACACUCAGAAACGGUGCGCACCAAGAUCGCCGUUCCUCAUAAAUGGAAGAACACACAUGCAACAAAGAAAAGAGCAUCCUUUCUUCAACAGUUUGCUCAAGCUAGGGAAAAACUGAGGGCCACAAUUUCUCAAGAUGAUAAGGGUUCACCUUCCCUGAACCAAAAUCCAGAAGUUGAAGCUGACAUAGAGCACAAAGAAGUUCAAGGGGUACCAAAAGAUGGAGGGCCUGUCGGCGAAGAGCAAGAUGAAGCACAACUCUCCACAGAUCUUCCCACCAUCAUGUAUCUAGAAUACAAGACAUUAGAGUCAUUCAGGAGUCACACAAGCCCAACCAAGGCACCGCCCCAGAUUGUAGAAACGGAUGAAGAAUUCCAAAACUUGCUGGAUGAAGAACCACUGGAUGAGUUGGUUAGUGAAGUCACUAUGUGGAAGGAACUCACCCACAAAGCUAGAAAAAUCCAACACCCCUCCAACAAAGUUCCCUCCUCUAUCUUGACAAGCUCUUACUCCAUCCUGCUCAGAGUUGCUGCAUGCCACUGGAUAGCCACCUCCCACACCAACACAGUGACAAAAGCCAUGGGCAUGCUUUCGUACAAGAUCAAAAAUAAUGUCCCUGUCAACCUUGGAAAGUUGAUAGUUGCUCGAAUUUCUGAGUUUGGGAAGCGCAACUAUAAGCAAAAUGAUAAUGGUCUGCGCUUUUCUGUGCUAAUCUUUCAGAUGCUUGUCUCACAGGGUUUUAACAAAAAGGAUGUUGAAAAAGAGGAGCCUAUGGAACCACUGCUGCAGAUUGACAACAAGCAUUUUGAUGGGAAGCACUUCAAUAAUAUGGAGACAGUUGCUCAUCAGGCCACUCAUGGUCUGCAAGGAGUACUAAAGUUUCUGGAACACAAGCUGCAGCAAAACAAGGGAGCACUCCUACUGGUGGACCAACAGAGGAUAACCCUUGAGGAAGAGCACUGGAGUCUCAUAUGGCUGCAAGAACAUGUUGCUCUUAGUGCUCAAGCAGAAGGAGCAUCAUCUCAGGGGGAGAGUACAGAGGAGGAGAAAGACAAUGCUACAGACUGCUCAGCUUGAUUCUGUUCUGCACAAGGAUAUUAAAACUCUUUCAUCAAACAUUUCGUAGUGCUUAAGGGUUGUUCUGCCCUCUUUCUGAUACAUUUUCAACUCUGGUUUGCUCUAUGGUGACAUUACGCUUUUGCAUUUCUAUCUAGAUGCUAAAUUUUGUUUAUCACUGCUCUUGUUGUGCUGCACUACUUUAUACUGAUGAUUCACUACUGGCUCCAACACAUUAUGUGUGAUGACUUGGUGAAGGUACAACCUGCAGGGUUAUUCCUGA